AUGAGAUCGCUCAACCUCCUCCUCGUCGGCUCCACCGCCGCCCAGCAGGGAAUUCACUGGUUCCACACCAAGGGCGGCUGCGCGACUCCGCUGGGCAGCAGCGGUCAGUACGAUGAGAGGUGGCAGGUGACAGAGAUAGCGUGUCGCGAUGAGUGCGCUCGCAUGAUCGACUGCCUGGCGUACGAGUUCGGGCAGGUUGGAAACUACAACCUCUGCGAGCUGCACAAGGAAGUGCUCGCCAAGACCUUCCCCGGGGAGCACGGCAUCACGUGCCAUGAUUCCGACCGGAAUCGCGCCGCGUGGAUGGGCCUCUUCGACGCCCCCAACCAGGUGGUGCAAGCGACCGUCGCUGCGCCGCAGACGCACACGAGCGCGCGAGCCGACUGCACCGCCGCGACUGCCAAAGGACUCAAGGACCUCACGGCGCUGCCAGGCAAGCCGGGCGACCUCCGGGGCUGUAUCUUUAACGACGUGGACAUGUCGGGCGGCGUGGUCAUGGAGGGGGUCGAGUUCGACUGGUCGUCGUUCCAGCGCGCCAUCCUACAGGACGCAAAGGCGAACGGCGCCUCGCACGCAAUGAUGGCGGGCGUCGUCCUCUCGAAGGGCUCGUUCGAGGGGGCCGACUUCUGGCGCGCCGACCUGAGCGAGGCGCAGCUCGAGUCGACCACCUGCUCGCGGUGCGAGUUUGAGUGGGCCAUCCUCGUGAGGGCGCGUAUGGCGGGCGCGGUGCUGCAGGACGCGAAGCUCGGCUACGCGACGCUGCAAGGCGCAGACCUGCAGAAUGCCGACCUCACCCGCGUCGACUUUUCGCUCGCGAACUUGGGCGGCGUCACUCUCAAGGGCGCAAAGUUCUCGGGCGCCGACGUGCGCGGCGUGUCCUUCAAGGGGGCCGACACCACCGGGUGCGACUUUGCCGGCGUGGUCAACAUGCACAAGGCGCGCUGCGACGGCCACCCGACGGGAGGCCAGGCCGUCACUCGCUGGGGCAUCCAGGCAGGCUGCGACAUCAACAACCCGCCGACCCGCGGUUAUGCGCCCUGA